ACCGCGCAUGCACCGCAUAUGCAUGAUUACUAACGUAGAAAUAUCAACAGUUAUAAAAAUUAUAGUAUUUCAUUUCUUAUUUGUUUUUUAAUAAUUAUUACUAAAUAAUAUGAAAUAAAAUUUUGAAUUAUUUCAAUAUUUUUAUCACAAUGGAUGCUCGAAGACGAGAUCGAGAACAAAUUGGGUUAUGUGGUGUUGACAGAGUUUGGGGUAAAUCACCUACACGAAUAGAAGAUUCUGACGAGGAAGAUGAGAUUAAAAAGUACAAGGAUGACAUACUCCCAAAAGAUAAGAAAAGAAAAUCAAAGGAUAAACAAAAGAAAAGUAAAAAAUUGAAAAAAGAGAAAAAGUCCAAGAAAGAAAAGAAACACAAACGUAAGAAGAAGAAGAAAGUUUCUAGCAGUUCUGCAAGUGAUUCAGAAGAAAGCGUAGAAUGGGUAGAAAAAACGAUAGAAACUAUUAAAGCAGAAAGUAAUAAUAAAGGAUCUAGUUCUGAUGAAAGUGGAAACGAAGGUUUGGUUGGACCGACUAAACCAAAACAACCACACGUUGCUUUAUCUACAAAAGAUUUUGGAAAAGCUUUGUUACCUGGAGAAGGUGCUGCAAUGGCAGCUUAUGUUGCAGAAGGUAAACGUAUUCCUAGAAGAGGUGAAAUUGGUCUUACAUCUGAUGAAAUUGCAUCAUAUGAAUCUGUUGGUUACGUCAUGAGUGGUAGCAGACAUCGACGAAUGGAGGCAGUUCGUAUUCGUAAAGAAAAUCAAAUCUAUUCUGCAGAUGAGAAGAGAGCAUUGGCAAUGUUUAGCAAAGAAGAAAGACAGAAAAGAGAGAACCUUAUACUACGACAAUUUAAAGAAAUGGUUAAUCAAAAACUUGCACAAGAACAAAAAAAUAAAUAACUCAUUACUAUUUUUUUUUAAAUUCUAGACUAAAUUAUUCUAAAAUAUUUGU